AUGGCCGUCCGUCUAUUCAUCACGAUUCUCCUCCUUUUCCAUCAAAUUUCAUCGUCCAUUCAACAAAGCGGUCAAGUGGAUCAAUUCACAUCUUCGAUAGAUCGAGAUGAAAUUCUGUUUGGUGAUCGUCGUACUUUGAAGAAUGAAACCCAACAAGAACUCGUCGAGACUCGAGGAAAAAUCUGCGAACUCCACACGGAAAUCGCAAGAAAGCGAAACGAAACGAAGGACAAAGACGUCGAGAUGAGUCGAUUGACAGCAAAAAUGGCUCAAAUCGAGGCGAAUUUAAUGGGGAGAAUCGCCGAGACGAAAAGGAAGAACGACGAUCUCGUAGCACAAUUAAGAACUCAAAAUACGGAAGUGAGAGACGGGAAAGCCAAGAUUGGAGAGCUCGAAGGGAAAAUCAACGCGUUGCAGAGCAAGAUCUCUGGCUUUGAAACCCAAAUGAUACGAACGAUGACUUUGGCCUUGGAUCCGGAUGGAUGGUCGUAUUUGGCAAAAACCGCUUCUUGGUACAAGGUUAUCGUUCAAGAAAUGACAUUUGAUCAAGCCGAGGCAUAUUGUGCGAGCCGAAAGGGCCAUUUAGUCACGAUUCAAAGUGAGGAAGAGAACGAUUUGGUUCAGAAACUCGCGAAAACUGUUCAUCCCUUUCAUGGGUUCUGGAUCGGACUGAAGGGCAAUUCGAACAAAGAAAAUGCUUUUGAAUGGACGGAUGGAAGUUCGGUGGAUUUCACCAAUUGGGAUCCGGAAGACUCGGAUACCAAUUCGUACACCCACACUUAUGUGAGAUUUUCAACG